AUGUCUGACGAUGAGGAUUUCAUGCAGGAGUCAGAUGAGGAGCAAUAUGAUUUCGAGUACGAAGAAGACGAGGACGACGAAUCUGGCGAUGUCGACAUCGAGAACAAAUAUUAUAACGCGAAGCAAUUAAAGCUCAGCAACCCGGAGGAGGCCGUUGACGAGUUUCUUGCAAUCCCCGAACUGGAACCUGAAAAAAGCGAGUGGGGAUUUAAAGGCCUGAAGCAGGCAAUCAAGCUGGAAUUCAAGCUUGGCAGAUACUCCGAGGCCGCGAACCAUUUCGAAGAACUCCUCACCUAUGUCAAGUCCGCUGUCACACGAAACUAUUCGGAAAAGUCAAUCAACAAUAUGCUAGACUACAUUGAAAAGGGUGCUGAUGGAAACGAUGCGGUUCAGAGCAUGGAGAAGUUUUACUCGUUGACGCUUCAGAGCUUCCAGAGUACCAACAACGAACGGCUGUGGCUGAAGACCAACAUCAAGCUUGUCAAGCUAUUACUUGAUCGCAAAGAAUAUGCUACCGUGUCUAAGAAACUCCGAGAUUUGCAUAAAGCCUGCCAAAAAGAGGACGGAACAGACGAUCCGAGCAAGGGGACAUACUCGCUGGAAAUCUAUGCCCUCGAGAUUCAGAUGCUUGCCGAGACAAAAAAUAACAAACAACUGAAAGCACUAUAUCAGCGUGCACUCAAGGUCAAAUCCGCUGUACCACAUCCCAGAAUUAUGGGGAUCAUUCGAGAGUGCGGCGGCAAAAUGCACAUGAGUGAAGAGAACUGGAAGGAGGCACAGGGCGACUUUUUCGAAUCGUUCCGCAACUACGACGAAGCAGGCUCGCUUCAACGCAUACAAGUUCUCAAGUAUCUCCUGCUCACGACAAUGCUCAUGAAGUCGGACAUUAACCCGUUUGACUCGCAAGAGACGAAGCCAUACAAGUCUGAUCCCCGCAUCUCAGCCAUGACUGAGCUCGUGGAUUCGUAUCAGCGGGAUGACGUGCACGGUUACGAAAAGGUGUUGCAAAACAAUCAAGACAUUCUGGCGGACCCGUUUAUUGCCGAAAACAUUGACGAAGUCACGCGCAAUAUGCGCACAAAGGGUGUCCUGAAGCUCAUUGCGCCUUACACGAGGAUGAAGCUGGAGUGCAUCGCCAAACAGCUCAAGAUUUCGGAGCCCGAGGUCCAGGACAUUAUAGGUUUUCUCAUUGUCGAUGGCAAGAUUAAUGGCCAUAUUGAUCAGCGGGACGGUAUACUGGAGAUUACAUCCGUCGCCGAUGCGGAACGAGUCAAAGCAAUGAGCCAGCUAACCAAAUCGAUCUCCGAUCUGUUUGGUGCGGUAUUCCAGGAUGGGGAUGGUUUCCGGAGUGCAGAUCAAACUACCAUCAACGAAGGACCUAUGUACGAUGGAGAUGUAAUGGGACGAGGCAGGAGGUACGGCCUACGGACCAAGACGGGCUUCCAGCUCUGA